AUGUCCAGAGUACCGACCGUGACCGUGAAUAAGAAGUACAAAAUGGAUGAUAGACCGGAAAAGAAAAACUUAAUAUUAUGGCCAGCCACUGACUUGCACUCGCAAACUCGCAACUCGCUAGGCUCAGCUGGAAACGUGUUGUGUACACUACGUGUAAAUACGUUACAGUGUGUCAGCAGCCUUCGACGCCUCCGUCCAUGUUUGUUCAAAAAACACCUGUUAGGUGGCGCUCGCAUUCUCCCUCGCCAACAUUCCCCAGACGGGCGCACGUCCUCUGCAGACUCUGCCAGGGCCGCCCAACCAUCGACACCUCCCUCCUCCUCUCACCCCAUUUCACCGGAGUACACUGCGUUACCAAUCCGUCCCGGAUAUAAACAAAAUGUUACAUCCCAAGUUUGGUCUAAGUCUAAUUGA